CUUCGCCUUUUUAGUCUAUUCAAACUGUAGCUAUAAACACUAUAAAUUUAUUGUCAUUAUUAUAUUCAUUUAACAAUUCUGUUUAUAAGAUUUAGGUACCUAUACUAAUGGAAUAACACAGAGUAAACAAAAAUAAAUUAUCGAAGGUCUCGAUAUUGUCCAUGUUGUUUACUGCAAAAAUCGGCACGAUUAAUUUAGUUCCUUCUGAGUAACAUGUCUAUCAGGCUUGACUAUGGCUCGCCUUUAUGUGUUUUUUUUUCUUUGUUGCAGUUCUUCUGCCACUUUAUAUAAAGGAGACAAAUGUUCUAUGCAAGAUGGCGGCGAGGGCACGUGCAUGCUUAUAAAGGAAUGUUCGACCGCUGUGCAACUUAUAAACACAGGUGUUAAUCCAAUCAUAUGUGGAUUCGAAGGAAUUGAUCUGAUUGUUUGCUGCAAAUAUGACGAGGAGGUAGGAAUGGCUAAUACCACCACGACAACCAAUCGAGUUCUUGGCAGAACACCAGGAGAUAAAAGCAAACAAAAAUGCAAGGAAUAUGCGGAUUACGCCUACAAAAAGAUUGAACCUCCUACAUUAUUGCUAUAUCCUCAUUUUACAAAAAAUCUUGUGUGUGAUAUUCCGAGAAACAGGCUUGUUGUGGGGAGUACUCAGACAUCAAGAAAGGAAUUUCCUCAUAUGGCUCUUGUUGGUUAUAAACCUAAAGAUGAAGAAGAAUAUGAAGAAGUUAUUUGGCAAUGUGGAGGCUCCCUCAUAAGUGAAAACUUUAUUUUGACAGCCGCACAUUGCACAGUUUCACGUACAAUAAGUAUGUGCUUGAGACUCUCAAAAAACGUAAAAUUUAAUAUGUACGUACGACCAGCGUGCCUUCAAACAGAAAGACACAUCCCCUACGACUUAGCCAUAGCCUCAGGUUGGGGGGCUGUUUCGUACGUGGGUGAACGGAGCAACGAAUUGCUUCAAGUAGUGGUUGAAUUCUACAGCGUGGAUAAAUGCAACCACACGUACAAACGGUUUAUUUCACCCACUGGUAGAUUGCAAGAUGGCAUCGUCGACGAUCUGAUAAUUUGCGCCGGGAGCACUAAAGCAGUAAGGACGAUAUGUCAGGGGGACGCUGGAGGUCCUCUUCAAGUAUAUCACGAGGAGACUGAAGAAAUCAAAUGUAUGUACGACAUCAUCGGAGUGAUUUCCUUUGGAAUAUCCUGCGGUUUGCUGAAAGACAAUCCUGGGUUGUACACCAGAGUAUCGAGUCACAUAAAGUGGAUAGAAGAUACUGUUUGGCCGACCUAAUAGUAUACUUUUCUUUUUAAUUUGAUUUGUAAAUAUAUGACAAUGCAGU